CUUUGGAGUGCCACGGUCCUUGUUGAUCUUGAGCUCUUCCGACCUCCACUCUCCGCAUCCCUCAUCCCCGCUUUUCCUGUCCAGCACUGGUUUCCCUCAGCAAACUACUACGCCUGUUCUCUCGGCACAAUGUCGUCUUACUCUCAAGAUGAGGACCACGACCCCCAGGCGGACGAGCUGCGAGAAACCGCCCUGGUCACCUUGGAGACCCUCAUCAGCUCUUGCAGCUCUCAGAUGCAGCCGUACAUGUCGAACACCAUCAAGUCAGCUCUUCGAUACCUGAAGUACGAUCCGAAUGUCGCCGACGCAGAAGAGGACGAGGAGAUGGGUGGCACCCAAGAUGAUGGUUCCGAAGAUGACGUAACGGAGGAGCCGGAUUUGGAUGACGAUGAAUUCGAGGAUUUUGAGGAAGAAGGAGGCUACAGUGAUAUUGAUGAUAUGAGCUGGAAGGUUCGCCGGUGUGCAGCAAAGCUGCUCUAUUCCGUUAUUACCACCUACGCGCGGGGCCGUGCUCUGGAUGAUGCAUCCUUGUUUCAGCAAAUCUCCCCCGCCCUCAUCGCUCGUUUCAACAGAGAAAGGGAAGAAAGCGUCAAGCUCGAGGUAGUGUCUACUAUGACUGCUCUUGUCAGAAAAACCGGUGAAGGUGCUAUGAUCAUCACAUCCAACGGAUUCCUUGAAGCGGUGGGUGGGUCAAAGAACUCUAGGAAGAGGAGACGCCAGGACAGUGAUGCCAGCAUGAUCGACUUUGAGCCCAGCAUUGGCACAUCUUCCGCCAUUAGCACCCCAGUUGUUGCUCCUUCGUCGCCCAAAUCUGGUCCGCAGGCAGAACUGGCUCGCUCUGUGCCGAUCGUCGUGCAGAGUGUUGUCAAGAUGUGGAAGCAAGCUUCUGUACCCCUGAAGCAAGCCAUCAUUGUGUUACUUAAAAGCCUUGCACUCGUUCGCUACGGUGGUCUUGCAGACCAUCUUCAACAGAUCGAAGACCCUAUUGCUGACGUCUUGAAGUCUUCCUCUCUCUCAGGCAGCUCAUCCGCACCGGUUGGGGCUUCGGCUAGUGCAGGCACUCUCCAAACCGAAACCUUGGGACUCAUUGCAGCGAUUGCCGAAACGCAUGCAUCUGAUGCUCUGUUGCCCUUCCUCAUUGCCUUGAUUCCCGGCGUUAUUGGUGCAGUCAAUGACAGAAACUACAAGGUCAGCAGUGAAGCACUUGGAGCCGUCGAGCAGAUUGUGAAAGCGCUUACGCCGCCUCGAGUCCCGAGUGCUUCACAAGAUCUCACAUCACAACUGGAGAAGCUGUAUGAUGUUGUCCACACUCGCAUUACUGACACGAGUGCGGAUCUCGAAGUUCGCCAGAGGGCUAUCCACGUCUUCGGUGUGCUCUUGGCACGGACAUCUGGGGACAAGGGUGCCCCUUUCCUGUCCGUGGAUCGACGCUCCAAAGGCCUUUCCGUCUUGGUGGACCGUCUGCGGAACGAGACUACGCGGCUCGCAGCUGUCCGGGCCGUUGAUGAUGUUGCCGUUCUCUGCAGUCGUGAUGUGGAUGUGACGCCGUCAUGGGUUAGCGAAGUCACCACAGAGCUGGGCGCACAACUACGGAAGUCGGACCGUGUUCUCCGAGGCGCCAGUCUGGAGGCUCUCCGCAGUCUGGCCAUGAACCCCUACACUAGAACUCAUUACGAUGAUAAGACCAUGAAGGAGUUGGAAGAUUCUCUCCUGCCCCUCAUCAGCGCGGAAGAUUUCCAUUUCCUCGCACCUUCGCUUAUUAUUCUGGCGAAGCUUGUUCCAGGAAAUUCUCGACUUCUUGUGAACGAGAACUUGAUUGCCGCUCUCUGUUCCGUAGUUCUUUCUUCCCUCGUUGGUACGGUACUAAAGGCCCUGCUCCUGCUGGUUAAGGUCAUUGGAGAAGAGGGUGCCGGGGCGGCAUUGAUGAAGAAACUUCUGCAAGACGUUGGCAUCAGUGGCGACACGUCUGUGGUCGGUAGAGCUAUCGGGACUCUUUUAGUGCACGGUGGCUCUAAGCUCGGGGUCAAAAUGGAAGAUUUCAUGACCGAGCUACAAACCGCACAGGAUGCUCAGCGUAAAUGCCUUGCACUUGCGAUUUUGGGAGAGAUCGGUCUCCGGAUGGGCUCCAGUUGCUCACUCACCCCGCAACUCUUCAUCGCCCAUUUCAGCUCCAAGUCAGAUAAAGUCCGACUGGCUGCAGCUACUGCUCUCGGAAACGCAGCGGCUGGGAAUGUCAAGUCCUAUUUGCCUAUUAUCCUGGGAGGUCUGGAGAAGGCCAAUCCACAAAGCUACCUCCUUCUUCAUUCCGUGAAAGAGCUGCUUCAGCAUCCCGAGAUUGUUCGGCCGGAUGUAGCUCCCUCGGCUGUCAAACUCUGGCAGGCGCUUCUGGUCGUGUCAGAGGAGGAAGACAACCGUGCCGUUGGUGCAGAAUGUGUUGGUCGGCUCGCCCUGAUUGAUCCGGUCGCCUACAUCCCACAUUUCCAGGAUUAUCUUUCCAGCUCUGAUGCCAGUAUCCGCGGCGUUGUCAUCUCUGCGUUCCGCUACACCCUCUCGGAUCCCCGGGAUACCUAUAAUGAUGUCUUGAGACCAGUGAUUGUGCCUCUGCUGGUCAACAUGCUGAGUGACCGUGAUCUGGGCAAUCACCGCCUCGCCCUGACGACAUUGAACUCCGCAAUCCACAACAAGAUGGAUAUUCUUCUCCCUCACCUCAAUGAACUCCUCCCAGCCGUCUUCGGUGAUACCAAGGUCAAGCCCGAGCUCAUUCGUGAAGUCCAGAUGGGGCCCUUCAAGCACCGCGUCGACGACGGCCUCGAGCUACGCAAGAGCGCCUAUGAAACACUCUACGCGUCCCUAGACUCGACAUUCUCCCUCAAUCACAUCAACGAAUUUUUCAACCGCAUUCUGUCUGGAAUCGACGACGAACAAGACAUCCGCACAAUUUGCAAUCUCAUGACCUCCAAGCUCAUUCACCUCGCUCCGGAAGAAACACAGCGUCACCUCGACGCGCUCUCGGAACGUUACACCGCCAUUCUAUCCUUCAAGCCCAAGGAUAAUGCCGUGAAACAAGAACUGGAGAAGGCGCAGGAAGCUUCACUAGGUGUCCUCAAGAUCAGUCGCGAACUAAGCAAAGCGUUCCCGAAUGCUGAGGUUGCUGGUGAUCAUCACAAAUGGAAGGCCUACAUGGAAUGGAUUCGCAAGACGUUUGCUGCCCAGCUCAAGACCCUCGAGAUGGAGGCUUAGAGGGUCUGCUUGCUCGUCAAGGUGGGACGCCGACUAGCUUACCCAGAUCCACGAACAAUCUAGUAAUCAGAAAAGUACUGAUGCAUUGUGCAUACAAUGCAUAGCAUGGUCUUUCUUGAAAAUAUAAUGGAUUAUGACUAUGGAUGAAUUAUGCCAAUUGUUUACCACUGCCCCAAUGACUGAUUUUUAGUAUAGCGUUUCGUCCUUCCCCAACAUGUAACAACCAGCAUUGAGGGCAACGAACAAAGAAAAUAGAUAGAAGAAUAGGAUC